AUGCUUUGCCAUCUGACAAAGAUCUCACGGCCAGUCGGCACCAACUUAACUCCAUAUUUGAAAACAUCAACCCGAACUCCAUUCGAAAGGGCUAAGAUUCGUGGCUAUUCAUCGUCCAAAACUUCACCAACGAAGCAAACGUCAACCACGGAAGAUGAGACCGAGUCUUCCAAUGCAGAUUCGCCACCAGCUAAGCCUAUCUCACUGGAAAGUCUGCUCGCGGACCUCAAUCCACUUCACAACCCUCUCCUAGCACCAGUUCAUAUACCAGAAAGCACAAACACUGUUCUGAGAUCGGACCAUCCAGCUGCCACUAUUCUUGCACAACCUGGAUUGGUAGUAGUACACAGGCAGCUUGAAACAGCGAACGCAUUUCUAGGGCUUGAGCACGCUACCAGAUAUCUGCUGCUUGAUCCCCGUGGAGCUCACAUCGGGUAUAUGGCCGAGCAUGACUGGACUCAAAAAGAGCUCUCAUCCAAGCAAUGGUUCCGGACACAUCGCGCAUUCACCACCCACAUUUUUGACAGAAAGUCGGAGGAGGUCCUCAGGUUCCAUCGACCAUUCUCGUGGAUGAGCACGCGACUCGGGGUGUACGACGUUGUAUCUGCGGCGAACUUGAAAGCCAAUAAUCAGAACAAGAAUCGAGAGCCUCAGCAAGGACUCUCUAGGCUGCCAACAGAUGCAAUGGCUCUUGUUGGUGAAGUCCAUUCUAGAUGGGCACCUCGAUCAGGCAAGUAUGAUUUAUCAAUUUUUGGGGAUUCCAGAACGAGAGACUGGGGCACUGAUUCGCGGUCCAUGAAGCCUGUGGAAGACCCAUCCGCGCCAAAAGACGAAGGAACUAAGCAGAGCAGCGAGAGGACGGCGCUUACACAGUUUGCGUCGAUUGACGAGCACUCCAAGUCUUGGAAAUUCUCUUUGUCUUCGAGUAAUAGUCGGGAGAUUGGUUCAAUCAAUCGAAAAUUCGACGGAUUUGCCCAGCAACCCUUCACACAUGGCGGCUCCUAUGUCUUUCGCAUGGAUUCCGUGGCCGUCGAACAGGCUAUUCAGGACGACGAUUUGACAUCAGAAGGAAGCAAAACUGGUCAAAUGAAUAUUGGACCGUCGCGUGGGAAGGAAUUCAAUCUGGGAUUGACACUUGACCAGAGAGCGGUCAUGCUCGCAAGCGCUGUGACCAUAAAUUUUGACUAUUUAUCCGGGUAUCGAGUUGCAAGUCAAGAUGACACUAUGCUCUGGCUAAUGCCUAUACCUAUGCCCAAUCAUGGUACUGGGGUUGGACGAGCUGGAGACAUAGGUGUUGGUGGCGGCGGCGGCGGAGGAGGAGGCGCAGGUCAUGUCGUGGGAGGAGGUGCAGGAGGGUUUGGGUCAGGUCACGGUGCCAUUGCUGGAGCAGGUUCUCUGGCAGGUUACGACGCAAUGCAUCGCGGCAUGGAACAAGGCUCAUCUCCUGAACUUCCUGGUGCAAGUCAACAAUCACCACCAUUUGAUUCCCAGUCACCCCAAACUUCUGGUUCGCAAGGUCAGCAUGGAGAUGUAUGGGGUGAUGGCGACUCCGAUCCCUGGAAUAGUGCUGGGGCAUCCAGUGGAGGUGGAGAUGGAGGAGGCGGUGGAGGAUGGUUUGACUGGAUAUGGGACCUCUUUCAUUGA